AUGAUUUUGACCGAAUGUUGUAUUGCUUCUUGUCACAAGGGAGCCCCAGAGACCGCAGGAGCACCUGAACCACCGGCGUCGGCCAUUAUUUGCGCUUACAUGCCGAAUGAACAGUACACUAUCAAGGAAACCAUCGAUCACUUCCUCGCACUUGAUUAUGCUCCCGGAUUACAAGUGAUCCUGAGUUACAAUUCACCAUUCUAUUGUCCCAUCGAAGCCGAGCUCCGGGAACUGGCCAAGAUACAUCCAAACUUUGAUCUGCUCAAGGUCAAGGGCUCCACCUCCAAGGCCGAAAACUUGAACACGGCUCUAAAAUAUGUCACUGGAGAGUUUGUAGCUUGCUUCGAUGCCGAUCACAUGCCCGAGCAGGGCUCUUUUGAGCGCGCCUGGAGAUGGCUGUCUAAUGGGUAUGAUGUGGUUCAGGGUCAUUGCCUCGUCCGAAACCCCGAAGAGAGCUUCUGGGCAAAGAUGGUUGCCAUUGAGUUCGAAACUAUCUACGCACUCGCCCAUCCCGGGAGAACGGUUCGCGAUGGCUUUGGUGUCUUUGGUGGUUCCAAUGGAUACUGGAAUACAGCCCUGCUCCAACGUAUUGGAAUGGUUGGAGCGAUGCUGACUGAGGAUAUCGACUCUUCCAUGCGCGUUAUCGAAGAGGGGGGCAAGAUCGGCACCGACCCUGAACUCAUCAGCCUUGAACUGGCGACUUCUACCUUUCUUCAAGUCUGGAACCAGCGUCUUCGGUGGGCCCAAGGAUGGAUGCAGGUUUCUAUCAAGCACCUGUGGCCAAUGAUACGGAACCCACACUUUGGUAUUCGAAGCAAACUGGGGGCAUUCAUGCUUCUUUUCGUCCGUGAAAUCUACCCAUGGAUUUCCAUGCAAAUUAUCCCUCUUCUCAUCUUCUGGUACAUCCGAGGCGACAACAUGGAUUGGAAAAUUCCUCUAUUCAUCACUUCUUCCAUUUACACCUCCGUAAUUGGCCCAAUCACUGUCCUCGUCACUUUUGGGCUCGCACAUCCAUCGCUCAAGAAACCAUGGUGGUUUGUCAUUUACGCCUUCUUCUCUGUCCUCUUCUACACUGAAUUGAAGAAUGUCAUUUGUCGUGUAGCCCUCAUCAAGCAAAUCUUUGGGGAGACUGGCUGGAGAGUGACCCCGCGAAGCGCCAAUGCUCCAGUCAAGGAAUUGGAUGGUAGCGCGGACGAAAAUGGGCUCCCAAUAACCGACACAAGCGAGUCCCUCGAAUUUGAAAGCGAUACCGAUACCGAUAGCGACUGGAUGAACACUCUGGAAACUGAAUUCGAUGUUUGA